GCACUGUCCUGACGUUCCUGGACUCGCACGUGGAGUGUAACGUGGGGUGGCUGGAGCCGCUGCUGGAGAGGGUCCGCCUGAGCCGCACCAAGGUCGCCUGCCCCGUCAUCGAGGUCAUCAGCGACAAGGACAUGAGUUACAUGACCGUGGACAACUUUCAGCGUGGGAUUUUUACUUGGCCAAUGAAUUUUGGAUGGAGGCAGAUUCCACAGGAAGUCAUCGAAAAAAAUAAAAUCAAGGAAACUGAUAUAAUAAGGUGCCCGGUCAUGGCAGGUGGCCUGUUUUCCAUCGAUAAGAAGUAUUUUUUUGAGCUGGGCACAUACGACCCAGGGCUGGAUGUUUGGGGAGGUGAAAAUAUGGAGAUUUCUUUCAAGGUCUGGAUGUGUGGAGGAGAGAUUGAGAUUGUUCCGUGCUCCAGAGUCGGGCACAUUUUCAGGAAUGACAAUCCUUACUCCUUCCCGAAAGAUCGGGUGCGAACAGUGGAGAGGAACUUGGCCCGCGUUGCGGAGGUCUGGCUGGACGAGUACAAGGAGUUGUUCUACGGCCACGCUUACCACUUGGUCUUGAAAAACCUGGAUGUUGGCGACCUGACACAACAAAUCCAACUGCGAAAGAAGCUGCAGUGCAAAAGUUUCCGGUGGUACCUGGAGAACGUCUACCCGGACCUGGAGGCUCCCCUGGUUAAAGCCAGCGGGCUG